GGGCCAGCCCAGGGGGCGGGGCGCGAGAGGGGCGGGCCGGGGCGCGAGCGCACUGCCCGGCUGCCCGAGCGGCCUCUGGCGGCCGCGGCGGGGAAGGCGGCCGUCACCCGGUCUGCGCCCCCUCCUCGCCGCCUCGCCCAGCCUGCAGCACCUGGCGGGCGCACUGGACACAAGAGCAGAGCCCUCGGGGUCAUCGUGCUAUCGCUUUCCUGCCUCGGUUUCCUUACUUGUCACCACCGCAUCAACAUCCCCCUCCUUGCUGGAGUGUGAGGGUCUUAGGAUUCUCCAGGCACGGUUCAGAAGCGCCUUAAGUAUUUACAGUCACUUAGGGAAUUGCCUGGCGGGCCAGUGGUUAGGACGCUGCGCUUUCACCGCGGAGGGCGCGGGUCGCGGAACUAAGAUCCCACAAGCCGCGUGGUGCGGCCAAAGUAAGUAUAAUAAAUAGAUAAAAUCAUUUAAUCUUCAGGCGUGCCCCAGUGGCUUCUUUUAUCCUUCCCAUUUUACAGGUGGGGAAACUGAGGCUCCAGAGGCAAGGCUGGCAACCUCAUGGCUGUGAGGGCGGGGUGUGGGGACCCACCACAAACCCCGACAACCCCCACUCUGACCACUGCAGAGCUGCCUCUCCCCUUCCCUGAGCUCACAUCCCUCCCCCAGGUCACUUGAGCCCCCAGGGGCCUGAUGAGGGACUCAGCUCCGUGCUGGGACCGAAACGCCCACCCCAGCCGUCUCCAGACCCUCCUGCCCAGGACAGCAGGCAGGGCAGCCCUGCAGGGACCUGCCGCCCACCCCUGCUGCCUUGCCCCAGGGCAGCCCUGGGGGUCCGCUGUGCCCUCUGCCGGUCAUGCUGGGGCCGGCCACCAAGCUGCCCCGGGUUCUGUGGUGGGGGCUUUGCAGGCAUCCUUAUCCCAGCAUCGUUGGGCAGCCCGUGUAAACAGAUGGCACUCACUAACGUCACCCAACUCAAGCGAUGCCCUUGAAUGCCUGGCCCAGAAGGAAUCCAGGUGCUGCUUCACAGCCUCCCGCAAGGCUGCCUUCAAGGUGCCGCCCAGGGCUGGGGGCUCAUCUGAAGGCUCAGAGGGCGAAGGAUCCGCUUCCAGGCUUGCUCGCUGGCCGCUGACCACAUUCAGUCCCUGGCCACGUGGGCCUCCCCGAAGCGACAACUUGCUUCUAGCAAGACGAAGUCAGAACCGUUUGCCAUCCGAGCAGAGAAGGACACCCCCUCACCCUGGCCGAAUCCCACGGGUUAGAAGCCAGGUGCAAAAAGUGGUCGUAUGCACAACAGCCGAAGGGUAGGAGCCACCAAAGCAUCUAUCGACGGAUGAGCAGUAAGUGCGACGUGGUCCCUCCGCACCCGGGAGCAUCCCUCAGCCCCGAGGAGAGAAGCCCUGACACGCGCUCCCACUUGGAUGGACCCUGAGAACACGAUGCUCCGUGAGAGAAGCAGACACAGGAGGACAGACACUGACUGACUCUACUUCCAGGAGGUCCCUAGAGGAGUCAGAUCCCCAAAGACAGGGAGUAGAUGGUGGGGCCAGGGACUGGGGGAGGGGGUGGCGUGUCCGUGUUUCGUGGGGACAGAGUUUCCCUUUGGGAAGAUGAGAAAGUCCUGGAGGUGGAGGGUGGGGAUGGUUACACAGCAAUGUGAACGUGCUUCAGGCCACAGAGCUGUGCCCUUAAAAAUGGUUACAAUGAUAACUUGUCAUGUUAUGUGUAUUUUACCACAAUGGAAAAAAGGGCCAAAACUAUAUUCUGUGUAUUGGAUAUGCCUGAACCCACGUUAGGAGGAAAUUCAGGGAAGCGUGCACAUACCCGUUUUUGUCGGCCCGUUCCCCACCCCACCCCCACCGGGGGAGGGGGGGGAAGGAAAGGAAGCGAAUGAGGAGAAGGGAAAAGCAACCGUCAAGUUCAUCUUCUUAAAAAGAUCUGAAGCGAAUGUGACAAAAAUGCUAACGUGUUUAUUUCAGUGGCAGGUACAUAGCUGCUUGUGGUUUUAUCCCUGGUAGGUGUCUGUGUUUUUAAAAGUGUAUUAUUCUAAAUACUUUGUGUCU